ACAGGAUUUCAGUAUCAUGAGUUGGGCAGUUUUUUGACGUAUUUGAUUUUUAAUAUAGUCACGAUGCUCCGCCAAUGGUGCCUAUAAAUUUCAAUUAUUUUUCAUUUAUUUUCUGAAAAUCAUUCCGGUUUUGCAGAGGAUUGAACUGAUGGCAAAUAAACCAUAAACAAAAAUGGCAAAGCCAGUCAUUAGAGAUACUCGGUAUAACUUGUUUAAUGACUAUACCUACUUAUACUUAAAACAUAGAGGGAGCCGGGAAAACUUUUAUAUACCUACUUUGAUGAUAGAUGAACAUGUUUCUAAAUAUGUAUCUUGGUUGGUUUGUGUUAUUUUUGUGGCUUGGUGGUGUACUGUCUCUCAAUGAAGAAUGCUCGACAAAGGGACUUCUGGGCUCUUGCCAGCUAGUCAGUAGAUGCACCUACGCCCAAGAUUUGAUCAGAAAGAGGCAAUACCCUGAUACUUGCGGAUUCGCAGGCAGUGAACCAAUAGUCUGUUGUCUUCAGGAUCAAUAUCAAAAUCCCUCAAAUGAGCCUCCACUGGUGAAUUUAGUGCAAGGAUUACCAACCGCAUCUGAAAAAUACUUGAGUGAAAAAAAAUGCGAACUGUUUUAUCCAAAACCAGACUAUCACAUCUUGGUAACCGGAGGAGUUCAAUCUCUAGCCAAAGAAUUUCCACAUAUGGCAAUCAUAGGUUAUGGAGACGAAAAAGAUAUUCAGUGGGGCUGUGGUGGCUCCCUAAUAAGUUUGAAUUUUGUUUUGACAGCUGGCCAUUGCUUGGAAUCAAGUGACUUUGGUGCUGCGAAAUGGGUCCGUCUAGGUGAUCUAGACCUAUCAACCAACACUGACGAUGCAGAACCGCAGAACUUCACCAUCAAAAGAAGUAUUCCCCAUCCAGAAUACCAACCACCUUCCAGGUAUAACGACAUAGCGUUGAUAGAACUAGACAGAGAAGUGUCAUUAUCGCAAUUUGUCAGUCCUGCCUGCCUGGCAACAAAAAACUCUCCCACAGUGUCGAAAAUGACUGCCAGUGGCUGGGGUAAAAGUGAUUUCAUAGGGGAGAGCAGCAGCUAUUUGUUGAAAGUAGAUCUAGACAGGGUGGAUAACACACAGUGCAGAAAUUCGUAUGUGAGCAUCCCCAAAAGAAUGUUGCCAAGUGGAAUUCUGGACGAUAGACAAAUUUGUGCUGGAGGAGUCGUCGGAAAGGAUACUUGUCAAGGUGAUUCGGGAGGACCACUGCAAGUUGCGAACCCCGAAAGGAGUUUCACAGUGAAAGUGCACACAUUGAUUGGAGUUACGUCUUUCGGCAAAGCUUGUGGCCUAUCUUCGACCCCGGGGGUGUACAGCAGGGUGGCUUAUUACGUCCCAUGGAUUGAGAGCAUUGUAUGGCCCAACGAAAAAUAAUUCACUUUUGAGAAAAGGCGAUGUUUACUGAAUAUAGAAUAAUAAAGUUUC